UUAAUAAGCGUUUGGACGCAUGAUCCAGUGCGUAGCGAACGCAUGCAUGCGGUGCGUAAACGCACCUCCAAGAGCUGUUGUUUUGGAACACAAUGUUUCCAAAAAGAUUUUAUGGGUUGUUUAAACUUGUGAGCAUGUUUGUGUGAGUUUUACGCUGAUUUCUCCCGGUGUCGGUCGGACUGUACCGAGCCGGCCCGUGUUUUGUAUCUCGCCGAGAGCGCACGUCUCCAGAAUCCUAAUACGCGGGGUGUAAAUGUUUAUCAAGCCCGCAACGCUGCUGGAGAGAGUCUCCGAAGCACCGACCGCGACCGCAGAUGUGCAGAGGGUGUCUUUCCUGUGUGGAAUAGGAGCUCGUCUUUCCUCUGUGUGACCGGCCACAUUCCAUCCAGCAUCUUUCCGUACGAUGUGUCACUGAGCCAGCGGAAAAACCCUGAAAAUGCCACGUACAAAGCAAAACAACCCUAAAAACCUGAAAGAUAAAAUAGAGGAGGCACAGAAGGAGCUCAAAGACCCCAAAGUUGCACACAAAGACAUAAAUGAAAGUACUGGCAGAAACUCUGAAAGCAUCAAAGGACUGAAGAGGAAAAAAGUUGUGGCACAAAACCAGCUAAAGAAAAUACCCAAAUCUCCUGUCAAAAAGCAAUCACAGACCAAGAAAUCCAUUUCUCCAAGCAUUUCUUCUUCAUCCAAGGAAGCCACACCCUCCUCUUCUUUUUCAAACAGUCCAUCGCAUGGAUUGCCUGAACCUCAAGAUACUGAAGAUGCACCACAGGAUGCAUCUGGAUCUAGAUCAGUAAAAGUGGAGCACAAGGAGUUAUUAACCUCAGAGCCACAGGCUCUCAGUCACAAAAGUGCUGCAGAGGAACCUUGUGCUGCAGGGCCUGUGCAGGCAGAAAGCUGGUGUGGCAACGGCAGCAACAAAAACGCAUCUCCUUCUCACACAAGUGCUCCCCUUGAGGUACUGCUCAAGGCUAUGGAGCCAGAUUUCAAUACACUGACAGAAAGGAAGAACAGCAGUCCAAUAGGGCAUCUUGGAAAAUCCGUUUCCAUUCCUGUCACUUAUUCAGACUAUGCUAUGACUAUGCCUGCUGUAAAUUUCAGUGUCCAGUCACAACCUUCAUUUGUGCCACCAUUCAACGCAGCCAAACAGUUCUACAGCAGUGUGGCAUCUACAGGGCAACACACAACACAGCAUUAUGUGAACAUGUCAGGAAAUCGUCAGCAGGACAAACCAGGAUUCCAUAAAAGCUAUAGUGUGGGUCCUUCACUUACCUUGACACACGCACCUGUUCCAUCUGGAUCAGGUGGCUUCCCUCAGAGCCAGCCCCCUGUUGUUCAAACGUGCCAGUCUUUGUCAGCCACAGUACCAAACUCAAUUCAAGUCCCUGUCACACCAGGUUUCAACCCUGUUCAGAUGACAACUGUGGUCAACUUUGGUGCAAGCCAAGUAUCUGAUAUCUCCGCAAAAGAUCAAAAACCAAAAAAGCAAGGGAAGUAUGUCUGUGAAUACUGUAAAAGAGCUUGUGCCAAGCCAAGUGUGCUUCUAAAACACAUACGGUCCCACACAGGAGAGAGACCUUACCCAUGUGUGACAUGUGGUUUUUCAUUUAAGACAAAGAGCAACUUAUACAAGCAUAAGAAGUCUCAUGCGCAUGCUAUCAAACUGGGUCUGGUAAAAGACUCCGGAAGUGGAUCGCUCUCUCAAGAGUUGGACAAAGGCCUAGCCACACAUUCUGAUGUGGAGGAAAGCGGGGACAGUGAUGAGGAAGGUAGUGCAGCGGACUUAGACCCGGAUUCUUCACAAAGCAGCCUGACGGCAUUUUCUGAGAGCAGUCUGCAGAGUGCAGGCAUGGUACCAGGAAGCCAAGGAGAAUCAGAGCCUUCGCUGGUGUUUGAAGCUCUGAAACCACUGAUUUCUCAGAAAGGAUGUGAGCCAAAGGUCACUGCUGCUCUCCCUAAAGUGGUUGUCCACCCUGUAAAUGUUUCGCCUUUGCGUGCAGACAGCCCAAGAGUUACAGAUUUGGCACCUGAACAUGCCACAGCCCAGAGGCAAAGGGAUUUCCAGACAGCAAACAUACGGUCCAAUGUAAUGGUUCUGUCCUCACUGAAAGAAGUGGAUUGCACAAGUCCUCUACAAGAUUCAGUUAGUGAAGAUGAAGAUCAGCAUUGUAAAUCACCACUAGGAGGCAGCCAUGCCCAGCUACAAAGGCAACAAGCAACUGAUUACUCACAACAACCACAAGGCAAGUGUCUGCUUAGUCCUCGGAGUCUUGGAAGCACCGACUCUGGCUACUUUUCACGUUCUGAGAGUGCAGAUCAAGCUAUGAGUCCCCCAAGUCCUUUUGUUAAGAUAACUCCACCAGCAGAAACUGACAUUACAAAAGCCCCACAAAUUCCCCCUUCCCCAGUUGUGGCAACUGUCAUGCAUGUAGCACCUGUUGAGAAGCCUCGAAUUCCUUCAGGACAAAUGCGUCCUCCAUUAGAAACCAAAGCAUUAUCUCUUGAGGAGCGUAUCUCAAAGCUGAUCUCAGACAAUGAGGCUGUUGUGGAUGACAAACAACUUGACAGUGUCAAACCCAGGAGGACUUCCCUUUCCCGAAGGGGUAGCAUUGACUCCCCAAAAUCCUACAUAUUUAAAGACUCUUUUCAAUUUGAUCUAAAACCACCAGUAAGAAGAUCUAGUUCCAACUCGGACAUACCAAAAUCUCCAUUCACUCCGACAGACAAAUCCAAGCCAGUAUUUCUUCUUUCUGUACCACCUCAGUAUCCAUCUAUGGACUGUUUACCAAUUACAAGAAGUAAUUCGAUGCCUACAACACCUGGUCAGUCAGCUCUCUUCCCCAAUGUAACACCUCAGCCUCACCCACUAAGGAUCUGUCAUUCAUUUGAUGACAAGAUUAGUUCACUAAAUGAUGAUGUGUUCUCUUCAGCUCCCUCUACUCCCAAUCCUGCUGUACAUCCUCGUACAUUAGUGAGACAGAUAGCAGUUGAGGAUUUAUCCACAAAUGAUGGUCAUGUUCUUAUCUCUGUUCAUUCCAUGGAUGAGAGCCAUCAUGGACCAAGUAUUACACAUGAACUGCGAAGUAAGUCUUUUGAGCAUGCAACAGAAAGAAACCGAAAACCCCAGCAAAACAAAGGGACAAUGUAUGAAUGUGAGACUUGUCGUAACCGUUACAGAAAACUGGAAAAUUUUGAAAAUCACAAGAAGUUUUAUUGUUCUGAACUGCAUGGUCCAAAAAACAAGCCUACGCAUGCCAGAGAGAUUGAGACAGAAGUUUUCGGACGUGGAAUUCAGCAGCCCCUUUUAAACAGAAAUGCUGUAAUUACCGGCAUUGUAGAGCAACCACUCAUGGUAAGAAAAAGAAGGAAAAUUAAAAGUGUUGGAGAUGAUGACGACCAGUCUCCAACUGAGACCACUCCUCCAUGUUCAAGAAGUUUUGACUCCUGCCAGACUUCUACAGGUUCGAUAGGGCGACCUUAUUCUCAACAUACCCAGUCCUUAAGUAACACUGCUGUUUUAGGACAAAUACAGAUCAUUGGCAGAGCUGCAGAAUCACAGGAGUCAAGACUAUCUCCAAUAAGAGAGGCUCAGAUCAGCACACCAAAUAAAGAAAGAGGAGACCUCCAGAGACAAGGAAGUGGAACUUCAGUCAUUCGACAUACCAACUCCCUCAGCCGACCAAAUUCUUUUGAAACAUCUGAGUCCAUUGACAGGUCAUCUCCAGUUGAUCCUGUGGAAAAGGAAGUAAAGAGCUCUGUAAAAGGUCAUAAAGAGGCUGCAGUGAAUUUAUCUUCACAAAGUUACCAUGACAGAAUGUCUACACCCAAAUGUGCCAGCCAAGGAAUUGAACCUCAUGGUAAGCAAACCUUUGCCAUUGCUAGUGAUGGCACACCUGUACAGCAAUCACGGCUUGUGCGGCAGAACAACAUUCAGGUCCCUGAAAUCUUAGUAACAGAGGAACCAGACAGAGAUCAUGAAACUCCAGUUGUAGAAUCAACAGAGAAACCUGCAGAAACAUUCAACUGGCCUCAGAGGAGUGAGAGCUUGUCUAAACUGCCAACAGAAAAACUCCCCCCAAAGAAAAAGCGCAUAAGACUUGCUCAAAUGGAACACUCUUCUGGUGAAUCUAGCUUUGAGUCAAGUCUCUCUCGUAGCCUCAGUAGAGAUAGUAGCUUGUCAAGGUGCUCUAGUAUUUCAGCCUCUUUUGACAGAGAUGAUCCACCAAGAUCUGACAGCCCAUCAAGGGCUGAUAGUGUUGGGAAGCCACCAGAAGCUCAAGGGAUCCCUGUAGCAAACAACACUCUUGGAGUGCCAGGCAUGAUGAGACGUGCUACCUCAGAACAAAUCAGCUGCACUCAGUCAUCAUUGGAAAUUUCUUGUGACUACCGUAGCAAAUCCUUUGAUUGCAGCAGCAUGUCACCCAGCAGGCCUUUGUCACCAAUGCAGACUGCCCUGCCAAAAAUGACACAUUGUCCUCCAACUACCCAGGUGCCUCUCAUUGAAAGAAGAAGGGGUCCUCUGGUACGUCAGAUGUCCUUAAAGAUUGCACCAGAACCUCAAUUGCCAUUGAAACAGACUCCCCCCAUCCAAAGAGUCCCCUUCACUAAUGAAUGCUCUGGGUCCCAACCUAGAUCAGUAAAUAUGAACACAUCUACACUUGUUCAGUCUGUUUCUCUACAUUCUGGAGAGGCCCCAGUACCGAAAAAUGAGCAAGUGGUUCAAAGCAUCAACCUUGGAAGCCAAACCCAACAACCCCAAGUUCAUGGUCUUCCACAUCCAUGGCAUCAGACCUCAAGGGUUGUGGCAUGCCAUGUGCAACCUCUGGUCCAAAUGGUGGCUGGUCAGACAGAUGUUCAGAAGAGCUCUGAUGAAAAAAAUAAGAAGAGCUUUGUACCUAAAUACCAAAUGAAUUGCCCUGUACUAAAAGCAGGCCAGACAUAUUCUUUAGCAGGUGUACAAGGCACACAGAUCACUUUGCCAGUGAUAACUAUACCAAUUGCUAAUGAAAUUAAAGUCUCUCAGUCAAAUGAUGGAAUGCAAAAUGUCUAUGUAGCACAACCAGGUUAUCAGGCUGUAAUCAAUAAGACCCCAAUUGUACUGCCUGCUGGUCCGCAAGUUGAUACAGCGUCUCAUAUAGCACCAGUAUCUACACCUGUACCACAGAUUCUAAUCACCCAUGAGCACACCCUAGCACCUGCUUCUGUGGUUUCUAAGGUUAACUUCCCUACGGUACAUGUUGCGAACAGUGAUUCAAAGACUGGACCAGAAAUUCAAGCUCACAGGCAACCUGGGUCUGUUGCUAUACAGAUGAAAAAUAAUAUGAAAUUUACUGAACAUAACCAAACCACUGAGCAAAGCAUUCUGUCCCUCGGUUCACUGCAUUGUACACAAAAACUGGCAUCUGCAAAUUUAUGCCCCCAAGAGUCUACUGCCUCAAGCAAGCGUAUGCUCUCUCCUGCCAACAGCCUGGACAUUGCUAUGGAAAAAACACAGAAACGGGCUAAAGAUGAGCACGGAGCUGCAUGUCUCACUGAUGGUAGAUCUCUAAACUACUUGAACUCAAAGAUGUCUGAAAUUACCAGGCAGAGGAAGUUAAUGCUGGUUAGACAGGUCUGCACCACAGAGCCAGUGGAUAGCCCAAUUGAGACUGAUGCCCCAGAACAAUUGCCAGAGACUUCAGAAGCUGACAAGAACACCCAGACACCAGUAUCUCAGACAACAACUGAGGUCAGUGAACAGGAAAUGGAGAGCAGAACACCUACCACAACACCUGCUACAUGUUCUUCACCCAGAGUUCAAAGCUAUACCAUGCCAGAAAAUUCCACUCUGAAGCCACAAGAAAAACCUGAGGAGCAGCGUUGGUCUCCAUCCAAAUCUCCUCUGAGGCCUCCAACAUUUCAGGGACAAGUGAAAUUAGCUUCUUCUGUGUCUGUUGUCAACACCAGAGACAGUCAUCGCUUGUCUUUCCCUAGUCUGAAAACAGCUACAACCUUCACCUGGUGUUUUCUCAUGAAAAGGAAACCCCUCCACAUUCAACAGGCAGACCAGAGGAUAUCUGCCUACUCUGCAUGGGUAGUAAACCCCAACAAUCCCAAUCCAUUGGGGCUUCCCACAAAAGUGGUCAUGUCCUUGUUUGACUCCAAACAGACAUCCAAGAAAAUACACUACACCCAAGCAAAAACAACAACUUUGAAAUCUGACAUCUUGACCUACUCUGGGAAGCUGAAGGACAUCUUGCCAAAAGUUUUGAUUCAGCAAAGAUCUGUGCCAACCGAGAAUAGUGGAAAAACAAAACCAGAGACUCAACCAAUUAAUCAGACAGAGUCAGACAGAGAUUCUUCCAAAUCUGAACCCCAACGAGUGAAGAUCUUUGAUGGAGGUUACAAGUCGAAUGAGGAGUAUGUGUACGUAAGAGGGCGUGGAAGAGGAAAAUACAUAUGUGAGGAAUGUGGAAUCCGCUGCAAGAAACCUAGUAUGCUGCGGAAACACAUCCGUACUCAUUCGGACAUCCGUCCAUUUCACUGCACGCACUGCAACUUCUCUUUCAAGACCAAAGGGAACCUAACCAAGCACAUGAAGUCCAAAGCCCACAGCAAGAAGUGCAUGGAAAUGGGAGUUGCUGUGGGUAUUAUUGAGGACCAGGACACAGAAGACUCAGGUGAUCGAGGAAGAGCAGGAAGUGCUGACAGACAGGACUCAGAUGGUGAUGACUCUGAUGGCCCAGACGACGAAGAUAACGACGGGGAAGAAGAAGACGAGGAGGACAGUCAGGCAGAGUCUGGCCUCUCUGCAACACCAUCUGUUUCUGCAAGCCCACAGCAUUUUCCUGCUAACCAGGCUGACAUGGCUCCUAGUUCUCUACUGGCGAAGAUGUCCAUCAGCCCGACUCGAAGCCUCGCUCCCCAAACUCAGCCUACUCAAGCUUCAGACUCCCAGACCUCAGACACAGAGUCUGUGGCUAUGACAAGUCCAGUUUUGUUGGUCAGACAGAUGUCAAUUUCUGCGUCCUGCUCAAGCCCUGGCCCUUAUCCCACAUCUUUCACAUCCCACCCUACCCCUGCCUCAGAAUCCCACACCUCUGAUACUGACUCCGUACACAUGAUGAGCCCAGUGUCACCUUGUAGGCAGAUGUCCAUCGACUACCCUGACUUUGACGUUCCCCCUAGUCCCCCAGUGCCAGGCAAGGGUGGCAAGCUCGGCCAGGAAGGAGUGUCAAGCACCAUAUCCCAGCCUGCAAAUGAGUGCAAUGCCAACGUUGACCGUGGUACUCAGACCUCUUCUGACCCUCUUCAGGGACCCUUGCACUUUCCAAAUGCAGAUCUGAUCCGUGAGCCCAGAGUGGAAGCCACUACUCAUCUCUUCAGCCACCUGCCCUUGCACUCCCAACAGCCCCCACGUUCCCCAUACAGCAUGGUACCUGUGGGUGGCAUCCAGCUUGUUCCUGCCGGUUUGGCUGCUUACUCCACAUUUGUACCCAUUCAGGCCGGGCCAGUUCAGCUAACCAUCCCUGCACUCAGUGUGAUCCACAGGCAGACCGGAAGCCCUCUCCCAGCCCCCAACACCUCGCCCCGGCCAGAGGGUUCCCCGACCCAGCCACUGGUAGUUCAGGAACCAGUCAGCAGUGUACUGCCUUGUUUCCCGCUGGGCCAAGUGGCAGGGCUUCAGACACUAGGUGCUCCUCAAACUGCUCUGCAACCUGUGGGUUUGGAGACCUUGAGCGUGGUGGGUUUAGCCAACUCCACCCAGCUGGUGCCUCAACAGAGUCUGCCAUUAAAUGCCACCCUAGGCGUACAAGUGUUGGCAGCUAGCCCUGCCCCUCAGUGCAGCACUGCUUCCCCAGCACAAAUCCCUGGCCUGCAGAUCCUCAACAUUGCCCUGCCAGCCCUUAUACCAUCCCUCAGCCCCCUCUCAGCUCUCAGCCCACUUCCAGCAGCCCUGGACAAGCCACGUAGCCCUGAGGGUGUAGCAUCUGUACCUCCACCAGCACAGGUUGCAGAAUCGCCACCAGCACCUACUUCUUCAGCCAGUCCUCCAACAGCCAAUCCAGGAGAUGUUCCUACAAAUGCAAAGCCAUCCACAGAGCCAAAGCAGGUCUCUCAAAACAGCCCUAGCGCUGGAUCUAAGGACACAGGGGGUGCUGAGAAGACUACAGCCAUGAUGGACAAACCGAAAACACCACCACACCCUCUUUCACCCUCCUCCCCCUCAUCCUCUAAUGAGAGAGGCUGCGAGGUUGCACACAAGGCAAGAGCAGGUGGGGCUAGUGAAGUGAAACUACAGCGACCUGUCUCUAGACAACCAGUGACUGAUGACUACAAUGAAGCCUCCAGUGAUGAUGAGGAUAGACUUGUCAUAGCGACCUGAGAGUCCCAAUAAAAGCUCUUUCUUUUCUGCCUAUGAAUUUCUCUUUCUCUUUCCACCUUUUUCUCCUUCUUUUUUGUAAAACUUUGUCACUUUGUAAAACUGAAACACUUCAGAAGGUUUGCAGCUCUGCAAGCCUUCUCUAAAAGCACAUUUUCUGACAGUCAUAUUGUAUGUGCAAUCAUAAAUGAUGACCAAUUAUUUUAUUUUAUACUUUUUUGUCAGCACCAGACAGUUUUCCUUUUCUUUUUGUACAUGUUGUAUAGACAAUUGUGCCUUUUGGAGUUUCUCGUUUAGAAACCUGUAUAUAAUAUCUUAUAAAUCUAGUAGUUACCUAUUUGGAAGUUAAGUUGAUAUGGAAGUUAAAGAAGAAUGGAGGAAAUUUGUUUUAUUUUUUAAAUGUUUUCUUUUUGAAAAGUUUUAUGUCUAUCGUAAAUUGAUGGGGAAAUUAAUGUUGUACUUAUAUAUAAACAUUUCUAUGGCUUUUGGGGGGCAGUGUUCUUGUGCACAGAUGUUGUGGUCAAGUAUUUAUUAUAUUCCACCUGGUGCCCAUUUUGAACUCCAUAAGUCCAUAGGUAUGAGUAAAAUGGUGGCUUUACAUUUGCUGUAUCUAUACUAUCGACAGUAUCAGUAAAACAUUGUUUACAAGUGCAGAGAUGCCUCUGAAGUCUCCUUUUUUAAGUGCCGUAAUUAGCUAUCUGAUUUAUCUUUUUCCCUCCUUUAAUCAACCCUGUAGAAAGGGUUAUUCCCGGGGCUCUCCAAGACACUAGAAUUAUUCAGCAGUUCAAAUCACUAAUGAGGAGCUUGGAGAGGCCAGAAAAUGACGUCACCAAUCAGUCCCUCCACGAGGUUUUAUUGACUAUGACACUGUCCUUGUCUCAAGAGGCUUGGAGCAAAAGCUCUCAUUACAGCCCCAGAAUGACUCAUUCAGUUGAUAAAUACUAUCAACUGCUUGCUGCUCCAGUCCACCAAGACUGUGACUCAAUAACGCCACCUGCUGGAUGGGUAGUGUUAUUGCAUACAGAGGAGUGCAGGGCACAUCAUGCAGGAAGGUGGGGUGGGGGAGGAUGUUGCUUAGUUACCCAACCCACAGCAGAGCAUGAGAGUGGGUGAGACUCUCUGGAAACAGUUCUGAACAUUCAGUCCAUCCAAAUCUGAUGAAUUUAGCCAAAGUGAGAGUAGAACAUUUAAAACUCACUAGUGAACACUAAACUAUUCUGCAAUGGAAAAGACAUUCCUAGAUUUGACCAUACUGUAGAUGUGUAUGAAUUUCAAACUUUCCACCUCAUUCUAAACAAAUCCUUUUUCUGUAAUUGGCAAAUGUCAAUGCAUGUUUGCAUCAGUUCUAUUUUGUAAAGGAAAAGGAUAAGUUUCAUCAUUAGGACCUGUAUGUACAGGUGAGGCUUAGCCUUGUCUAUGAGUACGAUGUCAGAAUAUUUGAAAAAUAUUAAUGCAGUCAUGCCACCCUUGCCUGAGGAGAGCAAGACUGAAAACAGAACUGCAUAUUUCCAUAAUUGUCCUUAAUGCAGCAUCCAUAUUCAGCUGAUCUUAAUAGAUUGCUUUUAUUGUUGUCCUAAUUCUCUGUCUUAGAUUCAACAAGCAUGAACAUGGAAUCUUCACACUGUAAUAUUUAAUAAAUUUUUGAAGCGGGUGGAGGGUAGCCAAUUGUGAGCGUAAACUGGCCAGAGUUUCCAUUAACUGGGUUUUCCAUUGGGCAGGGACAGAGCUAGAGGCUGAAGUUUCUAAACUACUGCUAGUAUUGCUUAAUAUACAUCAGUUUGCAAUGAUUCAUACAAACCAAAAUGAUUCGAAAUUAGCCUACUCUCUGAAUCUAAAUCAAUUACAAUUACAAACUAAUCGAUCACCAAAUUGUGCUAAAGAGCCUAUUCUGUUUAAUAGCAGAUUAAUCUGUGACAAUUUACCCCAUAUUGAGUGCUCCAGUUAACUUCAAUGAACUUUACUGGGCAAUAUGGACGAGUAUGUUCAAUAGUUUUUUCGUAGCCAAAAUUUUAAAGUUCUUCACGCCUAUACAAAACAUUACAUUUCAAUUUACCUACACUGUGAAACUUAACUAUCCCCAGUCUACACUAUAUAAAUCAGGACAAUAAGGAGUGCCCGAUGGCCCGGGGCAAGCCUGGAGGACGUUCGGGACAGUAGACGGAUUUGUCACGAAAGUUUAUUAUUUGCAUGCGUUUUUAAGCCUUGUUCAUUUAAAAAUUCAAGCGAUUAAAAAGCAAUUGGGCGCGAAAGACAACUCCUUUCAGUACUUGCGCGCUGUGUUCUGUUCUGUGUGAACAGCGCGCGCACAGACAGCCGCGUCUCUGACUCGCGCGAGCCGCCUGAACGGGCAAAUACCUACAAAAGUAUGUCAAAAUACCCCUCUUGGCAAUUAACUUUAACAAUGAUUAAUCUAUAUUGAAUUUAUACACUGGAGUACAGAUGCACUUAUCGACCGGACAUUUUUUUGUUUUAUUUUACAGCAUCUUCUGUUCCUUGCUUGCACACAAACUCCAAUGCAAUCAUUUCCCCAAAUGUCAUUUGUGUGGAAAUAAUAUGUUGUUAUUGUAAUUAGUCUCUAAGAGGCCAGAGACGAUGAAGACGGACACAAAGAGAAGAAAACACUGUAGCACUAACAGGCAGAACAAGAUCUCCGUUCACGAUGCGUGAAAUAUAGGAAGAAAAUCCAAAUAUUGAAUUUAAUAUGAAUGUGUUUCUGAGGGGAACUGGCUGUUUUCAGAAAUGGCGUUUUCUUUUCAUCUUGUCUCCAUAUAAUGCAUAUUAAAUUGGUGUUAAUAUGCGCAGCGCUGCUGUGUUUACAGUGGUAACCAAGGAAAUGCUGUAUCACUGUUCCGUGAGCGCCGCCUGCUGGCAGAGAGUGAAAUUGCGUCUCACUCAGCCCGUCUGCUGUUUCUGUUUAAUGCCGAUGUUUUAUGUAACCAUAGCGUAAUUUCACAAAGCUAAAGUCGGGUCAUUCUGUUUUUGCUUCAGAUUUUUAAAUUAUACAGUCUAAUAUAAAUUAAAAGUUGCACAUGUUUUAUUUAUUUUUGUGGAUUAAUCCAUGAUUAAAAUUUCAAAUGGCUAUGAAAAAUCAAGGUGCAACACACAGUAAUGUUAUUUUAUAUGUGAUUUUUCGAGUUCUGUACCUGAACAUCUACAAAACAUAAAAACCUAAAGCAUC